GCAUGCGCCAGCAUUGCUCUUCUUGUCUUCAGCCCGGCGAUGGUUCAUGCAACGCGCAAGACCUCCGUGUCUCUGGAACUCCAUGCUGGGAGCGAAGACUCCAAGGAUUCAUUGGCAGAGGGACCCUGCAUAAGAGGCAUCUUCCUUGGCUGCCAGCCCUACCAGCUCUGCGACUAUGCCGAGGGAGUUUGUGGUCUGAAGAAGGACGAUGAUCUCACUAAAGGUUUGGCUGAUGCUGAGGAGAGGCUCUUGAGACGAGCAACGGCCUACAAUGACACGCUGUACGCCAGCGAUCUGGUGAAGUUUAUCGCAGCCCUGACCGACUUCAACGUCUACACACGGGCUGUGUUGGAGCCUGGUGAGAGGCCCAACUUCUUGAAGAAGAUGGGUGAUUCUUCCUCCAGCCUCGUGAAGAGUGCCAAGUUAAUCACCGAUGCCAUGCACAGACAAGGCUUUAAGAUGGUAGACUUCGGCGCGCUUGCCACCUUCCUUGAGGAGCAGUCGAAACAAGACAAGCCUUUCAACAUCAGCGAAAGUGCCGGGAGACUGUCAAAGAUGUUCCCAGGCAUGUCAGAUGACAUGAGAGCCCAGCUGGUCAACAAAACGACUGCUGCUUUGGAGGAAGUGGAGCAAUGCCGCGAUGAUCCGCUGUCAGCUGCCUGCAACCGAGAGCUGCUGACACAGUAUGGACUUCGAUUCUUGGCCGGAGCAGAAGAAGUGCGUGAUCGCAUUGAAGAUGAGGAGGACAAGCCUACCGGAUCCUCAGCCCUGGAGAAAGAAGGCGCUGGUGGGUGCACUGGCUGUCUCUUCGGUCUCUUGAGCGCUCCCGUUAUCCUCUCGCUUUGUAUGCUCUUCCUGGCACCAUUGAUCGUCGCUUUCAUCGCGAUCGUUAUGAUCGUAGAGGGCGCUGGCAUCAUGUUCCUCAUGGCGAUCUUCCCACCUGGGAUCAUCAUGAUGAUGCUGGCAACCGCGAUCUCGAUUUUCCUGAACACGGUCGGCGCGAUAGCGGUCGAGUACCAGAACUGGGCUUAUGCCGCGCCAACCAAAGGGACCCCCAUGGGUAUUCUCCCGUCGUUCUAG